CUUGAGACCUGAAGGAAAAGUGGAUCUGCUUAUAGGAGCCGAUUGUUGCAUUUUAUUACCGGAGAAAGUUGAUCAGAUUGGAAAUCUCCAAUUGAUGCGGAACCAAUUUGGAUAUUGUAUUAGAGGAAGUCAUGACAAUUUACGAGUACCUGUUACAGCAGAAUCAAAUCUUGUGUGCAUUCAUCAUACUUCAGGAAGGAUAAUUGAGCCUAUUCGGUUGAACAUGGGCAACUUUAAGACUGUUGUUGAUUACUUUUUCGACAUAGAAAGUCUAGGAACUUAUUGUGUGCCAAAGUGUGGAAGUUGCAGGUGCGGGAAAUGCCCACCAGGUAAUGGAAGUUAUACUCUGAAGGAAGAACGUGAGCUACACCUUAUAAAGGAUGGACUUCAAUAUGACAAAUUGGGUAAAUACUGGACCGCUACAUAUCCGUGGGUUAAAGAUCCAAAGUAUCUCCCUAACAAUGUGAACGCAGCAAUGUAUCGAUUGAGAUCCACAGAAAGACGUUUGGAAAGAGCAGGACCAGAUUACAGUAAAGCAUAUGGUGACCAGAUUAUGGAUAUGGUGGAAAGGAGCGUGGCAAGAAAAUUAACUGAUGAAGAGAUGGAUACAUACGAUGGGCCUAUUCACUACAUUCCACACCACGAGGUCUUAAAACCAAAUUCCAAAUCAACACCUGUGCGGAUCGUAUUUGAUUCAUCAUCGUCGUAUAUGGGUCAUGUAUUGAAUGAAUAUUGGGCAAAGGGACCAAAUGUUCUGAAUGACCUUUUAGGGGUCAUCAUCAGAUUUAGACAAAGGAAAAUAGCUAUUGCAGGAGACAUCACCAAGAUGUAUAAUGCAAUCAAACUAUCUGAAAGAGAUCAGCAUACACACAGAUUUGUAUGGAGAGACUUGCAGUUAGACAAACUACCUGAUCAUUAUGUAUUAACAUCAGUGACAUUUGGAGACAGACCCAGCGGAACAAUUUCCACUAUGGCCUUGCGGAUGACAGCAGAAAUGUAUCAAACUGAAUACCCAAAGGCAGCAGAAUUAGUCAUUAAAAACAGUUAUAUGGAUGACUUACUUAUCUCAGUGAAUACUGUUUGUGAGGCCAAGGAAAUAAUUCAGGAUACUGAAAUGAUGUUAAGUCAUGGAGGAUUUCGCGUUAAACAUUGGAUAAUCUCUGGUGAUCAAAGUGAGCAUUUUACAGGAAUGAAUGUGUUGUGUGCAGAACAGGAAAACAUUCUUGGAAUGUGUUGGUUACCCAAAGAUGACGUUUGGACAUUCAAGGCAAAAUUGAACUUUUCGUCGAAAAGACGUGGAAUACAUUUAGAAGAUGAUCUCAAGGAAGAACAAUUGCAUCUUAUUCCUGAUAAUUUAACUCACAGGAUGGUCCUUAGUCAGGUAGCAGGCAUUUAUGAUCCUCUAGGACUUAUUGCUCCAUACGUAUUAUAUGCGAAAAUUCUCAUGAGAAGCAUGUGUUCCAAAGAAAUUCAGAAUGGAUGGGAUGAACCUAUGAAUGAAGAAAUCAGGGUUAAAUGGAUGCAAUUCUUUAGGGGAUUGUAUGAAUUACAAUCAAUAACAUUCAAAAGAUGUAUUAUGCCAGAAAACGCGGAAGGUGAUCCAAUUCUUGUCAUAUUCUCAGAUGGAAGUCAACAAGCCUACGGUGCAUGUGCCUACAUUAGAUGGCAUACUAACGACAACACAUAUGAAUCAAAUCUAGUUAUCGCAAAAAAUCGAAUUGCACCAGCGAAGCAGUUGUCAACUCCUCGUCUCGAAUUGUGUGGAGCAGUGCUUGCAUCUAGACUUCAUCAAAAACUUGUGACAGAACUGGACUUUAGAUUCAGCAAGAUUGUACAUAUCGUUGAUUCGAUGAUUGUCAGAGCACAAAUACAACGAGAGAGCUAUGGUUUUGGAACAUUUGUGGCAACACGGGUUGCUGAAAUACAAAGCAAAACGGAUCCUACUGAGUGGUGGUGGGUUCAAGGAGAUCAGAAUCCUGCAGACAUGACUACAAGGGUUGCAUCAGCAAGUGCUCUAGGGGCUAAUUUCAAGUGGCAAAGGGGUCCAGAUUUCUUAAAGAUGCCGUUCGAAUUAUGGCCAAUAACUCAAGAAACUACCCUGGAUAGUGAUCAGAUACCUGAUGUUGUUGGAAUAACCAUGUCGAUCACAUCUGAUGAUUGCUCAACUAUUAGUGACAUUGCCAUUGAUAUUGAUCGGUUCGCCGGUUUGAAGAAACUACUUGGAGUUACCAGCAUUGUCUUAUCCAUAUUUAAAUGGAAGACUUUUAAGGGCAUUUGUGACAAGAUCACUAUGGAGACAUUAAUUGAAGCAGAGAUGAGUUGGGUUAAGCAUGCACAGAAAGAUUUACCAAAGGACUGGAUGAAGAAGUUUCAAAGACUUGGACCAUUCCUUAAUCAAGAUGGAGUUGUGUGUGUUGGACAACGAAUGGCUGAGUGGAUCAAACAAUCAUGGAAUCAAAGAGAAUUUGUUUUGUUACCAAGAAAGGGACGUUUUACCGAGUUAGUUGUUCGCAGUGUUCACAGUGAAGAUCAUGCAGGAUUGGAAGUGACAUUAGCAAAGAUGCGAAGUAAAUACUGGAUUCCUGGAGUUCGCAAAAUCAUUAAACGAAUUAAGGAGAAUUGUGUGGUAUGCAGAAAGCGGGAUAAGGUGUUAGUGCAACAACAGAUGAGUGUCUUACCUUCUUUUAGACUGAGCCCAGCACCUCCAUUCUACAACUGUGCCGUUGACAUGUUCGGACCAUAUACCAUACGUGACACAGUCAAGAAGCGGACACACGGAAAGGCAUAUGGUGUAUUGUUUAACUGCCUUAACUGCAGAGGUGUUUAUGUUGACCUGGCUGAAGGUUACGACACGGGAAGUUUCCUUGUUGUGUUCAGGAGAUUCAUAUCUCUUCGUGGCAACCCGAAACGAAUGAUUUCUGAUGCAGGCACACAAUUAGUAGCUGCGGGAAAGGAACUAAAGAAGUAUGGAAUAGAAUGGAAUGUCAUUAAAUCUGCGGAUGCACCGUGGGAAAAUGGGUGCAGUGAAUCGUUGAUCAAGUCUGUGAAGAGGUGUCUUGAAAUUGCUGUUGGUGAUUCGAUUUUGACAUUUUCGGAAUUGCAAGCUGUGUUUUUUGAGGUUGCAAAUUUGGUGAAUGAGAGACCUAUUGGAACCAAGGUGUGUGAUCCAAAUGAAGGAACAUACUUAUGCCCAAAUGACUUGUUAUUGGGUAGAUCCAGUGCACGAGUUCCUCAGAUUGAAAUGGAUGAACGUUGCAACCCACGGCUCAGGUGGAAGUUUAUUCAACAGCUGGUUGAUGCUUUUUGGAAGAGAUGGAUCAGAGAUUAUUUCCCCACUCUAAUUGUUAGACAGAAGUGGCAUACAAACAGGAGGAAUCUGAAACGGGGUGAUCUGGUUUUAGUUCAGGACGCCAACUUGAUUCGGGGGAAAUGGAAGCUUGCCCAAGUUGCUGAGGCAGAGCCAGGAACAGACGGAAAGGUUCGAGACGUUACAGUGCGAUACAAAAAUGUAGGUCCCGGCGCAAGCUAUACUGGAUGUACUGACACUAUCAUUCGUAGAUCCGUCCAUCGACUUGUUGUAAUACUACCUACUGAUGAAUGUGAUUAGUUGUGGACUGAUUAAGAAACUAGUUGGGGGAGUGUAUCGUCAACGAUAUUGUAAACUUUCCGGAAAUAUUAUAGUUGGCCACUAUUUUGUUACUUAUUUUACCGGAAGUGUGUUUGUUUUGGAACGGCAUGCAUGGAUAGAUAAUCCCACGUUUUGUUUAGUACGUUAUAGCUCAAUAAUGUUGGACCCAUCAAUGUGUUGAAACACUGGAAUAAAUGGUUACAACAGAUGGUGUAUUGUUUUAUUGUUGAGCUAUACACCCAGGGACAGAGAAGAAGAUUUUCAAAGAAUUUCUACACUUUCAAUAUAUGACCAAUAGAGCCCCACCCUAACACAAGAACCCCUGCCCCAGGGGCCAUGAAUUUCACAAUUUUGGUAGACGGCUCAACGCUCAUUAUAAUUAUGCCCACAGUUUGGCUUCUUGAUGUCCAGGAGUAAAGAAGAAGAUUUUUUAAAAUUACACCCAUUUUGAUGGUUUUUGCCCCACCCCUCAGGCCCCAGGGGGGCAGGGACCACGAAUUUCACAAUUUUUGUUCCCCUCCACCCACAGAUGCUAUAUGCCAAAAUUGGUUGAAAUUGGUUCAGGGGUUUCAGAGAAGAAGCUGAAAAUGUUCAAAUGUUAACGCACGACGCACGACGAACGACGACGGACAAAAACAGAUAGCAAUAGGUCACCUGAAUGAAUUC